CUCGGGGUCAGGCGGCAACUCCAUCUUGCUUGCUCAGCUCCAAGACAGCAAGCUCAUCCUUCCUUUCUGCUGCCUGUACGCAUCGACGGCUUGUCCGGGAUAUCAUCAUGGACCUCGGAGAAGACGUGUACGAGAAUUCAGAUGCCGAUGAUGACGAUGAGGCAGAGGAUGGACUUGAGUUCGCUGCUGAAGGCGUAGAGGAAGAUGAGGCCCUAUUCAACAACGGCCUGCCCCACCGUGUACUGCGGGUCUCGCCCCAAACCAUUUCAAACGACCAAGAGCAAUCGACGGUCAGAGUGGGCAACAUUAGCCUUGGACAUCUGCAGCGGCUUCUUGGGAUUAGGAUUAGUGAUACUUCCCGCCGCAUUUACGACGACGGGGACAUGGGCCGCGACGACGAGGACGAGGAUUGGGAGUUGGAUGCACAUGCAAGAAAUCCUCAUUGGGAUCGCUCCACGUGGUUCUCUGAAGUCAAAGAACCGAAGGCAGAAGGAUUAGAACUGCUUAGAGGUGGACAAUUUGGGAGAUUGGGGCAUCAGAUAAAUUCUCGUAACAAGAAUAAUAGCAUCGCAAAGCUCUUACUCAACAGAGCAACGCGAUCGCGUCCAAUAUACAGGGAAGAUAUCACUAGCGACUUACUUCCGAACAGCAGGGGGACUGCUGUGGCCGUAUACGCUGCUAACGCUUAUGUCGGGCAAUACUCUUCAGAUUCUAGCUUCUACUAUACAUGUGUCAGAGACUUUCGGCUCCAUGUGUAUGACACGACUGCACCUCUCGAAAUCAAUGGUUCUCAAAGCCCAAGGCGGGAUGUUGAACGGCAAUAUGGACAUGCGACGACGAUGAAAGUCAUCAAGACGAUCAAAGCGGCGCCCGGUCGGUGGACUAUUACGGAUUCGCACCUCAGUCCGGACAAUCAGAGGAUAAUAUAUGCUUCGAUGUCCAGCACCGUCUAUAUGACGACGACCCUUGACUCAUCUCCCGUGCAAGUUCCUAUCCAAUUUGCUGACCCCGUGCGAUCACGACGUGGGAUAUGGGAUUAUGAUGAUGAUUUGAGCAUCUGGAGCUGCAAGUUUUCUGCGGAUGGCAAUGAGGUCGUUGCGGGAGGCAGCGGCAUGAUAUUCGUAUAUGACUUGCUAGCUGACCAGCGCACAGUCAAGAUCCGAGCCCACGGGGACGAUGUCAACAGCUGUUGUUGGGCAGAUACUGCUUCUGGUAAUGUUCUAAUCAGUGCAUCAGACGAUACGUUCAUCAAGGUCUGGGAUCGUCGCUCGCUCGGGACUUCGCAAAAACCAUCGGGGGUGUUGAUAGGGCAUACCGAAGGUAUCACAUAUGUAUCGGCCAAAGGGGAUGGGCGCUAUAUCAUCUCGAAUGGCAAAGAUCAAGUCUUGCGGCUGUGGGACCUUCGCAUGAUGCGGAGCAACGAGGAAUACGAGAAGGGCUCGCGGAGAUCGUACGGGAUACCGAACUUCGACUACCGAGGAGGAACGUACUCUCAACCUCGGUUCAGGUCGCAUCCACAGGAUUGCAGUGUCAUGCAAUACACAGGCCAUGAAGUCUUACGGACUCUCAUUCGGUGCCAUUUCAGUCCAGCAGAGACUACCGGUCAGCAGUACAUAUACUCCGGUGGUUCUGACGGCAGAAUCCACAUCUGGUCCUUGGAUGGACGAGUGCUGCAGGUCAUCGACCGCACCGAAACAUUGCCCAUGUCGAGCGACCCUUCUGGGCCUGAACCCUCACCGCUUCCCCCUAGCGCGCGGAAGACAAGAGUGUGCGUUCGUGACGUUAGCUGGCAUUCCGAGCAACCCAUUAUGAUGAGUACGGGCUGGCUUGGUGGGCAUUGGAGCGUCAGGGAAGGCAGUAUCGUUGCCAGACACGAGUGGAAGGGCAUGUCGAAGAGAGGCGGCACACUUGAAGAUUGGGUCGAGAGGAAAAAUGCCGAGGCCGAUGAAAGAGGAGUCAAGAGACGUGACAUGAUGAGAAAGAUGCCAGGAGGAUUCUCCGUAUUGCUGUGCAUGCCGCAUGGAAAAAGCGGCGCUUGGUCCUCGCUUGGUCCUCCAUCAUCGUCCUUCCGACUCGUCAAGCGGGUGCUCCUGACCCCUGCGGAAGCAGCGGCCAACUCGCAGAUAGCACCAAUGGACGCCGACCUGCAUACCUAUGGCUUUCCCGCUGGCUACUUUAUCAUUCGCUCUGCGGCUACCAACCGCGUGAUGGACGUCGAGAUGAGCUGGGUUGAAGAUGGGACUAACGUCAUAUUGUACACGGAGACGGAGACCUCCCUCGUAGAAAGUAUGAGAAAGCCCGACUGCGAUAAUCAGGUCUUCUUCAUAGACACAUCUGGCGCCCUCUGCUCGAGGAGCUCCGGACAUGCUAUCGAUGUCGAAGAUGGGCGAUUGGUCGUGCGGCACCGCAGACCGGUCGUGCACCCCUUUCCGAACUCAUACUCCCACCCUCUGCCACGCUUCUCCCAUGACCGGCAGACUCAUAACAUCAACGUGACAUUUGCAAUGGACCCAUCCAACACAACAUCUACAAGUAAAUCUGUCAGAAGAACAUCUGUGGAUGCGUGGAAGGAGAAAGUCUAUCUCCUCAGUUCUAUACCAGCCCGCAAGCCUCGCACCGUGGUUGAUGACGCUUCUGAGAUGUUCACGAAUGCCAUCGCCUCUCCUCUUACCUUCUUCGGGUCGUUUGGGAAGACGCGGUCCGGCGCAACCCCGGAGAACGUUUUCUCCAGUGGAGAUAUCGACCUGAGGGAGGACGAGAUUUUGGAGCAAGACCGCACGGAGGAGGGCGAGGUGGACGACUCCCCCGAGAAACGACGAGAGGUGCGCGUCCUCACGCUCGCGAAGGAGGAACUGGAUGCAGCGAGCGAGAAGGCCAAGCUGAGGAGGCGGUGGAUCGUGACUCCCAUAAGGUUAUCCAAGAAUCACACUAGCACCUUAUAGCACAAAGUGCGUCCUUUUUCUGCGAUACGUUUCUGGACUUUGCUUUCUGAAUACGGUGUCGUGGCCUCUGAGAUGAUGGAAGUCCUGUCUUUGUAUAUUAGUUGCAUAAAUACUUCUUCAUUGCUGCGGCCGAGAUCUUGUCUUUACUUCGUUGCAUUGAGGUCUGUCCGAG